AUGAAUUCUAUAAAUAUCAUGUUAGGUCCAAUCGACCACACGGCGUUUGUCGAGGCAUCAAAAUCUCGAGCCAAUUUGGCAUUUCAAAACGACAAACAGCAGGCGAAAUUCGAGCUCGGAGUGUCGAUGAUGGUGUACAAAUGGAAUGCUCUGGAAGUUGCUGUAGUGAACUCCUGGGGAGGACCUGCUUCUGCUGAGAAACGAGACUGGAUGACUGCUAUUGUCGUUGAUCUUUUCAAAAACGAGAAAAUCGUGGAUGUGGUCUUAAUUGAGGAUACCUUGUUGUAUGCUAUGGAGGAUGAGUUUGAGACCAAUGUUGAGGAUGAUUCAGCCCUUCCAAUUGCAGCGGGGAUCAUAGAAUUGUACAAGCAGUGUGAUGCUCUGGAUUUUACCACAGUCGAGCAGCUUUACUCCGAUUGGAAAGAGAACGAGGAGAAGAGGGCGUCACAACGGGCGGCCUUGAUCAUCAAGAGUAUUGAGGAUUCGUCCUCAGAUGAUGAGGAUGGUGAUAGUGACGAGGACGAUUUGGAGAACGGAGAUGCAUCUGAAAUGGAGGUUGAUGACGUGCCCGCUUUGACGAAACAGGAACCUGUUAUAGACGACGACGGAUUCGAGCUCGUUCAAAAAAAAGGGAGGAGAGGCCAUUGA